AUGAUGCAUCUAAGCCUUGCAGCUGCCUUCCUUUUCUUGCUGGGCUUGUCAUAUUGUUUGACACUGCCUAUUCCCCAUGAAGACAGUGAUGAAUUCACAACGGAAGACCUCCAGUUUGCAGAGCGCUAUCUAAAGACACAUUACAACCUACGUUCCAGUCCUGCUGGCAUAAGGAAGAAGAAUGCCAACUCAGUGGCAGCCAAACUUCGAGAAAUGCAGUCUUUUUUUGGGCUGGAGGUGACUGGCAUAUUAGAUGAAGAAACAUACGAGCUGAUGCAACAGCCAAGAUGUGGUGUCCCCGAUGUGGGGGAAUACAACUUCUUCCCUAGAAAACUAAAAUGGUCACAAAAUAAUUUAACAUACAGAAUUGUGAAUUACACUCGAGAUCUGACACGUGCUGAAGUGGACAGAGCAUUCAAAAAGGCAUUCAAGGUUUGGUCUGAAGUGACACCACUGAACUUUACCAGAAUUCGUAGUGGCACUGCUGAUAUCAUGAUUUCCUUUGGAACUAAAGAACAUGGUGACUUUUAUCCCUUUGAUGGACCUUCUGGAUUACUGGCUCAUGCUUUUCCUCCUGGACCAAAUUAUGGAGGAGAUGCCCAUUUUGACGAUGAUGAAACCUGGUCAACUGAUUCCAGAGGAUACAACUUGUUUCUUGUGGCUGCCCAUGAGUUUGGUCACUCUUUGGGACUUGAGCACUCCAGAGACCCGGGAGCUCUCAUGUUCCCUAUUUACACCUACACUGGCAACACUGGGUUCUUGCUUCCUGACGAUGAUGUGCAAGGGAUCCAAGCUCUCUAUGGUGCAGGAGACAGAGAUCCCAACCCCAAACACCCCAAAACUCCAGAGAAAUGUGAUGAAAAUUUGUCACUUGAUGCAAUAACAGAACUUCGAGGAGAAAUGGUGAUCUUCAAGGACAGGUUCUUCUGGCGCCUACAUCCUCAGAUGGUUGACGCAGAACUGGUGUUAAUUAAGUCAUUUUGGCCAGAACUUCCAAACAAGAUUGAUGCUGCUUAUGAAAACCCCAUGAAAGAUCAUGUGUUCAUAUUUAGGGGCAAGAAAUUCUGGGCUCUGAAUGGCUAUGACAUAGUUGAAGGUUACCCUAAAAAAAUAUAUGAAUUGGGAUUCCCCAGAGAGAUGAAAACAAUAGAUGGGGCUGUCCACAUUAAAGACACUGGCAAGACUCUCUUUUUUACUGGAGACAAGUACUGGAGCUAUGAUGAAGAAAACCAAGUUAUGGAAAAAGGCUACCCCAGACUGAUAGAGGAAGAAUUCCCAGGAAUUGGCAAUAGAGUGGAUGCAGUCUACCAAAAAAAUGGUUACAUCUAUUUUUUCAACGGACCACUGCAGUUUCAAUAUAGCAUCUGGAGUAAAAGAAUUGUUCGUGUCUUGAAAACUAACUCCAUGUUCUGGUGCUAA